AUGCUUGGCUAUGUCAUUGGUGUUGCUGGCUGGGCUACUGGUCUGGAAUUUGAAGGUGGCAGAGUGCAUGAUGUCGAUGGUAUUCAGAUAAAGCCCAAGUCGAGGCAUAUUUGGAUAGACCGCUGCAGCUUACAAGAUUAUGAUGAUGGACUAAUUGAUAUCACUCGCGAAAGUACUGAUAUCACCGUUUCAAGAUGCCGCUUCGCCAAUCAUGACAAGACAAUGCUUAUUGGAGCAGACAAGAGUCAUGUUACCGAUAGAUGUAUUCGCAUUACCAUUCACCAUUGCUUCUUCAAUGGAACAAGACAGAGACAGCCUCGACUUAGAUUUGGCAAAGUUCACCUUUAUAACAACUACACAAGAAACUGGAGCAUAUAUGCUGUCUGUGCCAGUGUAGAAGCACAGAUCUUGUCUCAAUGCAAUAUUUAUGAAGCAGGACAAAAGAAGUUGGUAUUUAGGUACAUACCUGAGAAGGUAAUUACUGCAACCAUUCCUACUAUAGUUGGUGAAAACAUUAACGUGUUCAUGACUUUAAAAUAG